AUGAGUACGACAAGCCCUGCAUCUUUUGCUGAACUACCAGUCAUGAAAGGACCAGAAGAAGACAUUGAAAAAAGAGCUGGCGAGGACAGUACCUCCUUUGAAGAUGGCGCCCAACAACAACUCCCAUGGGACGAUCCUCGCGAAUCGCGAAACACCAAGAAUUGGAGUUUUUUGAUGCGACUCUUCCAUACUGCAAUUCCAUGCUUCCUGGCAUUCGAGAUUACGUUUGCAACCUCAAUAACAGUCCCGGCGACGAGCCAGAUAAUGCAAGAGUUCUCCGUUUCACGCACAAAGUCCAUCCUCCCCUUGACGCUCUACACUAUCGGCCUCGCCAUCGGUCCCCUCUUCAUCGCUCCAUUCUCCGAAGUCAUUGGCCGCAAGUGGGUCUACGCCGGAUCCUGCACAUUUCUACUCGCAUUCUUGGGUGGUGCGUCGGCGACGAGCACAUUCUCUGGUCUUCUCGCCUGCCGGUUCAUCGCCGGGACGCUAGGCUCUGCCGGUAUCGCAGUCGGUGCCGGAACGAUCGCUGAUGUCUGGGAACUCGGCAAGGGGGCCGGCGCGUCACUGCUGUACAUCCUCGGCCCGUUCCUGGGACCGACGUUGGGACCUUUGGCUGGGGCGUAUAUCUUACAUGACAGAAACAACGACUGGAGAUGGACGCAGUAUGUCCUUCUUAUGGUAGGCGCACCAAUUUGGGUCGGUACAAUGGUGAUGAAGGAGACAUCGAAAGCCUGGAUCCUGCGCAAAGAGUCGGGAGAAGAACGCAUCACUCUCGCGCGACUUGGCGGCAUUGUACGGACCGCUGUCAUGAGGCCGACAAAGAUGCUCUUUACUGAGAUCAUUGUCUCCUCGCUAGCCAUUUAUACGGCUUUCGCCUAUGCCAUGAUCUUUAGCUACUUUGGUAGCUGUUCCUAUGUCCUCCAGAAGUACUAUGGGUUCAAUCUGAGGGAGGUCGGGUUGAGCUUCCUCAGCAUCAUCAUUGGCUAUAUCCUUGCCACAUUUGUCUUUGCAUUCCUUGAUGCAAAGUUCAGACUACCUGCUGUCCGGGCUGGCAAGGGAUUCCCAGAGCAGCGGUUGUAUGCGGCGCUCGUGGGGAGCGUUGCUCUCCCCGUGGGGUUGUUUUGGUAUGCAUGGGAAGCGCAUCGUGGAGGUCACUGGGCGGCCUUGGUCGCGGCUGGCAUCCCAUUCGGGCUCGGCGCGUUUUGUCUAUUUUUGUCGGUCAUUACCUACAUGGUGGACUUUUAUGGUCAGAAAGCCGCGGCAUCCGCCCUGGCCGCGAAUGGGAUUCUUCGAUACAUUCUGGGCGCCGUUUUCCCUCUCUUCACUCUCCAGAUAUAUGAGAAGCUGGGUGUUCACUGGGCCGGUAGCGUGUUUGCAUUUCUCUCCCUUCCUCUGAUACCCAUUCCCUGGCUUCUUUUCAAGUACGGCGGACAACUGAGGCAAAAGAGCAAUUUUGUGUCAACGUAG